GUAUAGCUUGGCUAGAGCAGUUAGCAACCAGAUAGAUACACAGUCGGCGCGCCAUCAAACCUUACAUCUGUGGAUGAAGCGAACCAAGGGGAAACAGCUAUAUGCGGGCUAUGUUAGCGACCUGAAACGACAACAUCUGACUGUGGACACGUAGGAAAGAGUCUUUGCCGACAUAUAUUGUGUUGUCAUUUUCUGUCUGCUGUUUUGUGGAUAACAAAAGCGAAUUCGAUUCGAACGGAGUCAUUGGAACAGACGAGUGAACGAGAAUUGAACCGCAGUGGAUGUCUUGCUCUUUCUGUGUUCACAUCGUAAUACAACUGUAGCUGAGUAAUCGCAUGGAGAUGGAGUAAAAUUGAGGUCAUCUGGAAUUGAAUUGCGGCUGAGAGAUGGAGAAUUUGUUUUGUCCGCUCUGAUCUAAUAGGAGGGAGAGAAGAACUGCUGGAUACAUAGGGGAUACAACCCCGAUAUGAACGUGGCUUUCUCGCUCUGCUUGAGGUAGCUGCUAAAGCCAAUGAAAGACAGCGGUCUUGAGAACGCAUACGGUCGCUUUGGAAUGUAGAUAUACGCGUUUAUUCUUGCACAUUUAAAUAAAACGAAUGUGAUCUAAUACUAGUAACUAGGACUAUCGUUGCAUAUUUUUUUGUUGUUGAAUUACUCUUCCAAGUAUCAACCACCGAUCUUCUACGGGAGAAUGGCCAUAACACGAAAGUGAAUCUGCCCCUUGCUUUGGAGGCAGUAGAGUUAAUGGUGUGAGUGAGAUUUCUCCCUCCCCCACCAUCACUACAGCGACACGCCAGAGGCUGUCCACUGUCCAGGCCCAAGCAGUCAGCCUGAGCCUGCUAGUACAGACUAUCUGGCCUCCUCUUCUUGUGGUCCCUUAUGCUCAAUGAAGGCUAUCUCUGGGUCGCUACAGGAUGGAUGGUGUGGAUUUGACGGUCCUUGUGUGUCAUCAUCAGCGCUUGCUCCUCUGUGACUGUUUCCUGUUCUUUUCCAUUUAUAAAAGAACGCCCCCUCUUCUGGGCCCAACCACCCCUGAGCGCUGUAAAAGUUAUAGUAACUGUUGUUGCUAAGUGACACUUAAAGAGGAGGUUAAGUUAACUCUCCCCCCCAUCCAAACUCCACAGAGGGUUUUCUCCAGAGGUUUUAUUUUAUAUACCCAUAUUAUAUAUUUCCCCUCUCGGGAGUUUGUUUGGAAGACGCACAGGUGUUCGGAUCUUCACAACAAAAGUUUUGGUUUAUUGUUGGUUGAGGUUUACAGUUACUUUUUCUCAAGUUUUUUGUUCUUCCUUGUAAUUUAUUUAUACCUCAUAUUUUGGAUUUUUUUUCUCAUUGCUCACUCACACCCCCUGGAAUAAAAAAAAACAAGAUGUCGGAAACAGACAAGUACCUAGCCCCUUUCCCUCCACCGCCCAAGAAUGUGAAUGGUUCCAGCUCGGACACGUACCUUGGUGAGAAUUUGGGGACUGACGGUGUCCGCCGACGCCGCCACACCAUGGACCGCGACCCCAAACAGGCCGAACAUCGCUUCUUCCGGCGCAGCGUCAUCUGUGACUCGAACGCCACCGCCUUAGACCUCCCCAGCAAGGCCGUCAUCCUCACCUCCCCGCCCGACUGCGAGCCCCCCAGCCUGGGCUGGCUCUCCCUGGCUGUCCCCUCUGUGGUGGUACCCGAGCCGUGCCUGGCGGUGGCCGAGGUGGAAGCAGAUGAGGAAGGAGGGGAUGGGCCUUGUAGUGCGGUAUUAGGGCCCAGUGUUGGUACUAGAGUGGAUGGUACGGUAGUGCAGAUAAAGCCAUGCACGGCAGUAUUGGAUGUUUGCGGCGGAGAGAAAGGAAAGAAGCUGUCGUCGUUAGCCGCCGCAGAGGCUCCUGGAAUGGAGGAGGUGGCGCCCAGUAAAGCGGGGGAGCCCGCGGAGGAGGAGAGCGGUAGUGUUACAGAGGAGAUGCGAGAGGAGAAGGAGAAGGGGGCGGCUAAGGCCCUAUUAGAGGAGCAGAAGAGGGAAGCAGAGAAAAAGGUUCAGGACGACAUAGAGGAAGUAGAGACCAAGGCCAUAGGGACCUCGCUGGAUGGACGCUUCCUGAAGUUUGACAUCGAGAUCGGACGCGGAUCCUUCAAGACGGUCUACAAGGGCCUGGAUACGGAGACUACAGUGGAGGUGGCGUGGUGCGAACUGCAGGAUCGUAAGCUGUCUAAGACGGAGCGUCAGAGGUUCAAGGAGGAGGCUGAGAUGUUGAAGGGUCUGCAGCACCAUAACAUUGUACGCUUCUACGACUCCUGGGAGUCUCCCUCCAAAGGAAAGAACUCCAAGUGCAUCGUGCUGGUCACAGAGCUUAUGACAUCAGGCACCCUCAAAACGUAUCUGAAGAGGUUCAAGGUGAUGAAGAUCAAGGUUCUACGUAGCUGGUGUCGUCAGAUCCUAAAGGGGCUCCACUUCCUCCACACCCGGGCCCCUCCCAUCAUUCACAGGGACCUGAAGUGUGACAACAUCUUCAUCACCGGCCCCACUGGCUCCGUCAAGAUAGGAGACCUGGGAUUGGCUACGCUCAAACGGGCCUCCUUCGCCAAGAGUGUCAUAGGUACCCCAGAGUUCAUGGCCCCUGAGAUGUAUGAGGAGAAGUACGACGAGUCAGUGGAUGUGUAUGCCUUUGGGAUGUGCAUGCUGGAGAUGGCCACCUCAGAGUACCCCUACUCCGAGUGCCAGAAUGCUGCACAGAUCUACCGCCGAGUCACCAGCGGAGUCAAGCCGGCCAGCUUUGACAAGGUAGCCAUACCAGAAGUGAAGGAAAUCAUCGAGGGAUGCAUCCGCCAGAACAAAGAUGAGAGAUAUGUCAUUAAGAUCCUGCUGAGCCAUGCGUUCUUCCAGGAGGAGACUGGUGUGCGCGUGGAGCUAGCCGAGGAGGACGAUGGGGAGAUGAUCGCUAUCAAACUGUGGCUGAGGAUAGAAGACGUCAAGAAGCUGAAGGGAAAGUACAAGGACAACGAAGCCAUCGAGUUCUCCUUCGACCUCAACAAGGACUUCCCCGAAGAUGUGGCACAGGAAAUGGUCGAGUCUGGCUAUGUGUGCGAGGGAGACCACAAGACGAUGGCCAAGGCCAUCAAAGACCGAGUGUCUCUGAUCCAAAAGAAGAGAGAACAGAGGCAGCUGGUCAGAGAGGAGUUGGAGAAGAGGAAUCAGGAGCAGCAGUUUCCCCUACAGGCAGCAGAGGCCCUCAGAUCCCCCCAGCAGAGUCAGUUACACCCCCAGCCCCCUAUAGCCCAGACUGAGAAGGAGGACCCAGAGAUGGACCAGCAGCAGUACCAACAGGCCAACAUCUCCAUGACAUCUGACGGAGCGGUGGACAACGGCCAGGGUUCGUCCGUGUUCUCUGAGUCCCAUCUGGGCCAGCUGACCAUGUCCUAUAGCAACAUCCCUGCCACCCAGAAGCAGGGCCAAACCCAGGCCCCCUCCCCCUCCCCUUCCCCCCAGCUGCAGCAACAACAGCAGCUCAAUGCCUACCAACAGCAGAACAUGCCGCAGUCUGUGACUCACCAGUACAGCAGUGGAGGAGGAGUCUGGGCCUCAGCAGGCCUUCCGGACCCCACGCCGCCUCUCUUUCUCCCCUCCAUUCUGGAGCGCCCCAUCUCCUUCUCACCGCCGCCUGCCUGCCCUCCCUCCAAGGCCUACAACGCCCAACGCCGCAAGAGCACGUCCAUCUUGGAGGCCCAUACGCGCCACUUCCAGCCUGCCUACCCCCGCUACGCCAGCAGCCUGCACCCCUACCACCCGGGGAUGGAGGGGCUGGGCAUGGGUGGAGGAGGAGGAGUGGAUGGGCACCUGGGAAUGGAUCCCUCGUCCCUCUUCAUGGUGCCCGGCUACGGUGCUCCGAGGCUGGGGUCAGUUGGAGAGCCCAUGCACCAGCACCUCCAAGGUCAGUCCCUCCAGGACCCUCUGUACGGGUACAAGGACGUGAGGGCGGAGCAGCAGGAGGAGGUGGUGGAGGCUGUGCGGAGGCUGAGUCUGAACCAGGCAGCGUUGCUGGAUCACUUCGAGGCCAUGGCCUAUGGGGGCUACCCCAUGACUGCUCACCAGAUCAACCAGAUCAGCUUCCACCAGCAGAUGCAGGCUGCGGCAGCCGCCAGCCUGGCCGUGUACGACCCUCCGCAGCCGGCCUACGCCCAGACCUACCACCCCCACAUGCAGAGUCACAUGCGCCUCACCCACAGCCCCAUCCCUCAGCUGACACCCAUGAACACCUUGGGUUCUACCGAUGGGUACCAGCUGCAGCACUCUGCCUCCUUCCCCCAGUCCGCUCCCCCAGUCAUGGAGCCCCCGCAAGGCAGCGUGUUCGAGUUCCACGUCCAAAACAUGGCUACUGCAGCGGCCGCCGCUGGGGCCGACUCUGGCGUGCUGGCCUCUAGACUGUACCGGGCUCGCCGCGGCUCCAUGGACCUCAACCUGGAGGAACAGGGGGGACCAGGAGGACAGUCAGGGGGGUCUGGGACCUACAGCCGCCUGCAGCCAGUCACUGAGGAACUGUACAGCUACAUCAGCCCUGAGAUGCCUCUCCCUCCCGGGAGCCUGCUACUGCACCAGGGCCAGAAGGACUGCAGCCCGGAACCUUCCAGUGACUCCAUGACCUCCUCUGACUGUGGAGAGUUCCACUCUCCUCCGCCCCAGAUCGGGGCGUCCUCGGCCGCCCAGUCCAUCCCACACACCUUCUACGGGGCGGAGGCCGGGGGGAGGGACGCCACUGCAGAGGGCCAGGGAGUGGGCCACCCCCCCAGCCAGCAGACCUUUCUGUUUGUGCCUCCCUCCGAGUCCUCAGGGCGUCAGUCCUCUCACGUCAACAUACUACACACCACCUGGGCCCGACAGACGAACGUCCAACCCGACCUCUCGUAUCACGAGUUUCCUCUGGCCAUGCAGGGAAACCCUGGGCUGCAGGUGCAGCAGAUCCCAACCUCCCAGUCCAACACUGGACACCCUCCUGCCCCCAACUCCCAGCCAGUCCCCAUCGCCCACCAACAGACCCCCCUGCAGGCCUCUCUCCCCCCCACCUCCCAGCCCAUGGUCUCUCAGCCCCAGCAGCAGGCAGGCAGCACCGUGGUACAGAGCCCCUCUCAGACCCAGCUGCCCCCUGGACCACAGCCCACACAGCCUUGCAGUAUGGCUCCACCUCCCUCCUCAGUGGGACUUGUCUCUGUGGCACAGAUGGCCUUCAAUCAGCCCUCGGUCCCGGUUACUGCAGCUGCAGCCCAAGGGGCGGCGUCACCCCCUGGGGGAGCCCUGGUGUCCCCACAGAGCCCUAUAGCAGCUGCAGCCUUACCUCUGCCUCCUGGGGCUCAUCCUCUACCUGGUUCUGUAUCUGCACCCACUCUGGUGACUCAUCCACCGCCGGUGCCACCGGCCUCCCCUAUGCCGCCCCAAAUGAUGCCUACUCAGCCGCUGGUCGUUGUGGUGCCCGUCAUCAGCGUAGCCAGCACCUCCCCAGAGCCGCCGGGAGAUGCCCAGCCCCAGCCCUCCCAGACGGCUCCUCAGCCUUUGUCAUUGGACCAGUCACAGUUACAACCACCACAAGUGCCCUCGUCCAUGGAGAGCGGUCACUCUGACGUGGCGUCCGGCCUGAGCGAUGGAAACGAUGGAGGCAGACAGGAGGGGCGCUCCAUCAAGCGCCACCAGCGGCGCUCUGUACGGAGUCGCUCUCGUACCGACAAGAUUGGCAAAGCAAAGUUGAAUGUACUAAAUAUAUCCAACAUGGGCGACAGGGUAGCUGAGUGCCAGUUGGAAACGCACAACAGAAAGAUGGUGACUUUUAAGUUUGAUCUGGACGGAGAUAACCCAGAGGAAAUAGCACAGAUUAUGGUCACCAGUCUGUUUAUACUGGAGAGCGAGAGGGAGUCGUUCAUCGAGCAGGUCCGUGAGGUCAUCGAGAUGGCUGACGAGAAGGGUCUGGAGAAAGAUGGAAACACCCAGAUUGUUUCCCAGAUAGUUAGUGACCUCCAGCAGCAACAGAUCCCUGCUAUAUCUGAACCGUUGCCAGGUAUCCCUUCCUGUGCAGCCCAGGUGGUCCACUCUGCAGGCAGGAGGUUUAUAGUCAGUCCCGUGCCUGAGUCCAGACUCAAGGACCAGUUCUUUGCUGACUCAGCGGCUGCAGGCUCUGCCCUGCUGAGACAAGAUUCACAGUCCUUUCACGCUGCAGGUCAGGGUCUGUCCCAGUCGGCCUCAGCGGUCAGCCUGCAGCAGGCCUUCUCAGAGAUGAGACAGAACCAGGGCCAGUACGACCCAGGGCCCAGCACCGCUCCUCCCUCCGUCCACAUAGCCUCCCUGCCUGUCCUGGUCCCUGCUGCAGCCACCACCACCACCAUCCCAGUCCUCUCCACUGCUCCUAUAGCCUCUGCUCCUCAGGUUCCAUCUGAGGCCUCUGUGACCUCCCCUCCCCCCCCAGUCUCCAUCUCCCCUCCAGCCUCCACCUCCACCUCUCCACCUGCGCCCAUCCACCAGGCAACCGCCCCCAUCCCCACCCAGCUCCAGUCUGUUGAUACCCAGCCUCUCCUUUCCCAGGCCCCUCUCACCCUGCCGGUGACCCAACCCGUGGUCUCCUCCGUACCUAGUGUUACAGCCCCAAUCCCUGCCCCAGCCACCUCUGUGUCCCCCCCAGUCCCUGCUGUCCUCCCCACCCUCCCCAACACAACUACCCUGUCCACCUCAGCCUCCUUCCCCCAGACCUCUGGCUCCGUCCCUGGUGGUCCCACCACCUCCAUACCCACUACAGUCCUUUGUCAUUCUGCCACGGCCCCCCUGGUCAGCAGCUGUAGCAGUGGUAGUGGAGGAAGCUCAGAGCAGCUCCCUGUCCCUUCCACCACUACCAUAGUCCCCACCACGGCUAUCCAAGGUCCCCUGCUAGCCCCCUCCAUUGCUAACCCCAGUGCAGAGCUCCCUUCUUCCUCCUCGCCUGUAGCCUCUCUAGCCCCAGGGGCCACGGUCCCUACCUUACAGCCCAUCACCACCACCAUCCCCGUGGUCCAGCCCACCCUGGUGCACACCCAGCCCCAGCCUGCUACAAUGCCCAACCAGACCCACGCCCAGUGUGGGGAGUGUGAGGUGGCCCUGGGCAUCGAUGACAUCCACGCCCUGGAUAAGAAGCUUCGCUCCCUCUUCAUGGACCUGGGUGGCGGUGGAACCACCCAGGCCGAUGGCUCUGUCGACCCAGCCGGAGGCACUGGUGUCCCGGGAACCUCUUCCCCAACCGGCCACUCAUCCACCCCCAACUCCACAGGCCCCCUGCCCCCCUCCAGCCUCCCCCUGGCCUCCUCAGGACCAGGGCAUGUCUCUGGGACCCCCCUCACCACCCCGGGACAGGCUGGGACCCCUUCCACCUACACCCAGACUACCCCGGCCAAAGCACCUCUGUCUAGGUUACCGGUGUUGCCUGUGGGCUCAGAUCAGGCUCAGGCUGGCCCCCCUCCUCCCUCAGACCACAUGGCACCCUUCCCAGGACCCUGUCUAACUCAGUCCCAGCAGCCUCUGGAAGACCUGGAUGCCCAGCUGAGGAGGGCCCUGAGUCCAGAGACGGUCAGCUGUGUCACCACACAGUCCUCCCUCACUGGGAUGCCUGCAGGUGGCCAGCCAGUGCCUUUCUCUCUGGAAGGGGAACCAAUCAUGUCGCCUAUUGCUGGAGGAUUCCAAAUGGGACGAUUCCAGGUCUCUGUGGCUGCAGACCAGGGUCCCCACAAAAUCGAGGGAGGGAGCCCCACAAAAUCCUCCUCCACCUCCUCUUCCUCCUCCUCUUUCUCCAGCCCGGAGAACACACUGCACAAUGUCUCCUCCCCUCUCCACGGAGGUAAGACUGGUGGGGGAGAUGUUGUGGACGGCCUGCCCUCCCUCCCCCACCGGACCGCCUCCCCUCAGCCCACCACCAUUGGCCGCUUCCAGGUCACCACCAACGCACCGGAUGCCAGGGUGGGCCGCUUCUCUGUGAGCCGAGCCCAGGAUGAGGCAGCCGAGGCUGGGUUGGAGCAAACACCCGCUUCCCAGGCUAACGGGCCUAGUAUUGAUCCUGGCUCGGCCACCAUGCUCCUCAGCCCAGAGGACAAACAGAGCUCCCUGCCCAGCCUCAACAACUCCUACAUGAGCUCUGAUAACGACUCUGAGUUUGAGGACGAGGACUUGAAGAGGGAGGUCAACCGGUUACGGGAAAAGCACAUGAAGGAGAUCCAGGCCCUGCACACCAAGCAGAAGGAUGAGAUUGACUCCCUGUUCGCCAGGCUGGGCAAGGUGCCUCCAGCCGUGGUGCUCCCUCCAGCUGUAGCCCUGGCCGGUCGCAGGAGACGACCCACCAAAAGCAAGAGCAGCAAGUCCAGCCGCUGCAGCUCCUCCCAGGGCAGCAAGAGCCCCCUGCAACCAGGCAGCACUUUAUCUGCACAGAGCGCCCCCUCAGUUUACCCACCCUACCAGGCUCUCCUCCUGGCCCCUGGGGGCCUCCCCGACCCCAACCUCCACCCUGCCUCGGGGAGCCGACCCCGGCCCCUCAAGCAUCUCGGCCCCUCCAGUGAAAACCUGUGCUCUGCCUACACCAGCGAAGCUACGCUGUCCGUGCCCAGUCUCUGUGCCCCCACCCAAGGGACCAGCAGCACCAACACAGUGAGUGGUCCAGGAGGCCAGGGUCCAGGAGACCAGGGUUCAGGGGUCAGAACCAGGGCCAGCCUUCUCCCAACCCCUCAACAGGGCCGGAAGGGCACGUUCACAGACGACCUGCACAAGCUGGUUGACAACUGGGCCCGCGACGCCAUCAGUCUGUCCCAGGGCAAGAGUCGCUCCAAACAGCAACCCUCACAGGGACACAGCUACCAGGCGACCCCGUCCACCAACAAGGGCCGUAAGUUCUCCGCCCCGAGUCAGCUGUGCCCCAGCAACGCCUCUUCCACCCCCGCUACCUCUCUGGGAGGCCGCAAGGGCUCCUUGUGUCCCCCUCCCCAGUACAGCGGGGUUGGGGCAUGCUACCCCUCCUCCACUGCACCUUACAGCAGCGCCCAGUGGGUGGGAUCCACGGGGUCCACAGGGCCGGGACAGGGUCAGGCCGGUAUGUUAGCCUCCUCUCAGCCCCUGGUUGCCUCCUCCUCGCAGUACCCCUCCUCUGCCACUGGGGGGCAGGGCUCCCUGCAGGGCUUCCAUCACAUCAGCACUUUGCAGAAAUCCGUCAGCAACCCUGGAGGCCCCAACCUGAGGACCACGUAGUGGCCAUGAGAGGAUGUUAGCCAUGCCGGGCUGGGAGACUGACAGACUGAGGGAGAGAGACAUGAGGAAUGAAGGGUGUCUGUGUUACAAGGGGGAGAGGGGCUUGUGUGUUACAAGCGACAUCAUGGUUGGUGGGACUGUAUUGAAUGUGAAUGAGCUGGCUGUGAAGAAGAGGAGGAGCAGGAGAGAGAAGAGUCAGCUGCUGUGUGAAAUGGUGCACCACUCUGCCCUCUUCUGUUCCCCUGAAGGAUAACAGGAGAGGGACACACUUUCCCUCUCCCCCCCACCCCGAGGUCAACUGUGGGCCUUGGGGGUCGAAGAAAGACGCAAAACGCGACAAGGAAUACCAAUGGACACGAGUGCAAUGUUAUGUGGCCAAAGAGGGUUAAUGUGACAAUUACUAUUGUAAAAUGUGUGUGUGUGUAUGUGGUGAUGGGCUUUGUUCCUUCACUGGAUUUUACAUGUACUCUACAUGUAAAAGAGACCAGAGCCUUGUACUGAUCUCAGAGAGGAGGGAUGGAGGAUAGUAACAGACCAAGGGGGUGGUGGUGUACUUAUCGUUGGGGAGCUGCAGUACAUAGCUAACCCCCUUUCUCCUCUCACCUAUCUGAGCCCACCCCUGCCUGUUCAGCUCCUCCUGCUGGUAACUGACCUCCAGAACAGAGCUUUAAGUGACUACAGUACUAUACAGCUCCUCCUGUUGGUAACUGACCUCCAGAACAGAGCUUUAAGUGACUGUACAGUACUAUACAGCUCCUCCUGCUGGUAACUGACCUCCAGAACAGAGCUUUAAGUGACUGUACAGUACUAUACAGCUCAUCCUGCUGGUAACUGACCUCCAGAACAGAGCUUUAAGUGACUACAGUACUAUACAGCUCCUCCUGCUGGUAACUGACCUCCAGAACAGAGCUUUAAGUGACUACUGUACUAUACAGCUCCUCCUGUUGGUAACUGACCUCCAGAACAGAGCUUUACGUGACUGUAGAGUACUAUACAGCUCCUCCUGCUGGUAACUGACCUCCAGAACAGAGCUUUAAGUGACUGUACAGUACUAUACAGCUCAUCCUGCUGGUAACUGACCUCCAGAACAGAGCUUUAAGUGACUGUACAGUACUAUACAGCUCCUCCUGCUGGUAACUGACCUCCAGAACAGAGCUUUAAGUGACUGUACAGUACUAUACAGCUCAUCCUGCUGGUAACUGACCUCCAGAACAGAGCUUUAAGUGACUGUACAGUAGAACUAUACAGCUCAUCCUGCUGGUAACUGACCUCCAGAACAGAGCUUUAAGUGACUGUACAGUACUAUACAGCUCAUCCUGCUGGUAACUGACCUCCAGAACAGAGCUUUAAGUGACUACAGUACUAUACAGCUCCUCCUGCUGGUAACUGACCUCCAGAACAGAGCUUUAAGUGACUGUACAGUACUAUACAGCUCCUCCUGUUGGUAACUGACCUCCAGAACAGAGCUUUAAGUGACUACAGUACUAUACAGCUCCUCCUGCUGGUAACUGACCUCCAGAACAGAGCUUUAAGUGACUGUACAGUACUAUACAGCUCCAGUAGCAUGUUGAGGAGAUGUGAGGAAGGUUAUGGGGUCAAGGAAUGAGCUUGUGAGGCUGAGGUGUGGGACUGGUGCCAUGUAUGUAGCUGGUCAGGCAGUGUUGACAUCCGGAACCACAUGUACUGCUAUUCCUAUAUAUCAUUUAGGAUGUUCAUUGGUGUGUGUAAGUGGAGAGUCAGUAGAAAAGGCCUGGGGGUUCAUACCCUACUCUACCCCUCCUGUUGCCAUGGGAUGCAAUAAGAACACAGUAAUAGAAACCUCCUCCUAAAUAUAAUAAUAACACAUAAAGUGACCUUCAUUAGGAAAACAAAACAA